UUGUCAAAUAAAUUAGUACAAUAACACCAAUUAAGUUGAAAAAUGGUUGCAUCAAGGAUUCUUUCAACAUCCCGAAAGAUCAUCAAGCCCUCCUCUCCCACUUCUCAUUCACUUAGACGUCUAAACCUCUCUCUCUUUGAUCAAUUAGUUAGUCCUACAUAUUCUCCCCUGGUCGCAUUUUAUUCCAAGCCCCCUCCAAAUGCUAACAAUUCCUUAUAUGAAUCAAGUCACACAUCCCAACAUCUUGAAAACUCACUUUCAAAACUUCUAUCCACUUACUAUCCCUUAGCUGGAAGACUUAACAAGGGUGACACUUUUGUUGAUUGCAAUGGCUCAGGUGCCGAGUUUCUAAAUGUCCGGAUCAACUGUUCAAUGUCCGAAAUUCUCAACAACCCCGAUAAGGAUGCUAUUGAUUUAGCUUUCCCUCAGAACAUGCCUUGGGCCACUUCUUCAUUCGAGGGCCGGGGGAGUUUACUAGUGGCCCAAUUGAACCAUUUCAGUUGUGGCGGAAUAGCACUCAGCAUAUGCAUCUCACACAAGGUUGCUGACGGAUAUAGUAUAGUUAAAUUCUUAACGGAUUGGGCGUAUACAGCUCGUGGGGCCAUUUCAACAGAAUCAAUAUCGGGCCUCAAGUUUGGUACGGAUGACUUAUUCCCACCAAUGAAUGACCCUCCAGCUGAUACGGAGCCGCCGCGGGAUGAAGCACAACGACUCGUGACGAGAAUGUACCAUAUCCCGCCGUCUAGUUUGAGCAAACUUAAGGAUACAGUUGCAACGAACUCACCCGUGCAGAAUCCAACUCGUGCUGAAGUGGCAACAGCACUCCUUCAUAAAUGCGGAGUGACUGCAGAAGCGAUGACCAGUGAAUCGGGCACGUUCCGAUCGUCUAUUCUAUACAAUGCGAUGAAUUUGCGCCCAUUACUGAGCCAGCUAAACACCAUCGGUAAUCUUUCCACUAUCAGCGCCUCCUUUGCAGCUACGGAGGAUGCGAUACAAGUACCUAACUACGUCGCUCAACUACGCAAGGCGAAAACUGAAUUUCAAGAAAGUUUGAAGGCUAAUAUGAAUAAUCCAAAGAAAGUGCUAACCACCCAUACAAUGGAAAAAAUCAAAUUUGGUGCAGAUGUAAUAGAAGAACACAAAUCUGACUUGUAUUUGUGUAGCAGCUUCUGCAAUUUCGGGGUAUACGAUGCAACUGAUUUUGGAUGGGGCAAGCCCGUAAGGGUGACCCUAGCGAGUCGUAGAAAUCCAGUAAGCAACUACUUUUAUUUGAUGGAUAACCCAAAGGGAGAUGGAAUAGAUGCACUAGUCACUUUGAGAGAGAACGAGAUGCCAUUUUUUGAAAGUAACAAAGAGCUCCUCCAGUUUGCUUCCCCAUCAUUUCUGCAACAACAAUAGCUGUUAAAUCCAGCUUAAUUAAUUAAUUUCCAAUCGACUCUUUCUGUGUGAUUUUCGUUAUUGUGUAUUUUGUGUACUGUGGUUUCUUUUUGUUUUUGGUAAUAAUAAUAUAUAGAUGCACUUGUGGGC